GGGCCUUUAUCUGGGCUCUGUUUCCUCCCUAGGAACACUAGUUCCCAAGCAAGAGAACUUGAAAGGCUCUCCCCAUGGCCUUAUUCCUUCUCCUUCUGCUCCUCUGUGGACCCCUCCAGGCUGCUGAAGAUAACAUCCAGGCCAUCUAUGUGACCUUGGGGGAAGCAAUGGAGUUACCAUGUCCCUCACCACCUACCCUACAUGGGGAUGAACUGCUGUCCUGGUUCCACAGCCCUGCAGCAGGCUCCUCCACUGCCCUGGUGACCCAAGUUCAAGUGGCCAGGCCAGCCCCAGACCCUGGGAAGUCUGGAAGGGAAUCCAGGCUCAAAUUGCUGGGGAACUACUCUUUGUGGCUAGAAGGGUCCAAGGAGGGAGAUGCCGGGCGAUACUGGUGUGCCGUGCUGGGUCAGCGCCACAAAUACCAGAACUGGAGGGUGUAUGAUGUCUCUGUGCUCAGAGGAUCCCAGUUAUCUGCAAGGGCUGCAGAUGGAUCCCCCUGCUCUGUCCUUCUGUGCUCUGUGGUCCCUACCAGACGCCUGGAUUCUGUGACAUGGAUGGAGGGAAAGGGUCCUGUGAGGGGCCAUGUGCAGUCCUUCUGGGGCGAAGGGGCUGCCCUGCUUUUGGUGUGUCCUGGGGAGGGGCUUUCUGAGCACCGGGGCCAUAGACCAAGGAUCAUCCGCUGCCUCAUACCUCAGAACAAGGGGGUCAGCUUCAGCCUGGCAGCCUCAACCGAUGCUUCCCCUGCCCUCUGUGCCCCUUCCGUGGGCUGGAAUGUGCCCUGGAUCCUGAUGCUGUUGUUCGCAGCAGGCCAGGGGCUCACCACCCUGGUCCUCGGUGUCAUGCUCUGCAAGCGGAGGGUCCAGUGUGCUCAGUGCAAAAAUACCUCAACUCCUCAGUUCAAACCUGAAAUCCAGGUCUAUGAGAACAUCCACUUGGCCCGUCUUAGCCCACCUGCCCCCAAGACCAGAUGAUCUUGGUGACAUCUGCUGGAAAGGACCUGCGGUCUCCCUGGCCACGUGGCACCUGAAGGACUCCCUGAAAAUCUUGGCAAGGGGGGAGGGGCUAAGAAUGCUACUUUUACCGUUCAGCUGUGUGUGGAGGGAGUUGUGCUGAAGGAAAGGAGAAGAAUUAUCUCGUGAUGUCACCUUCGAAAAAGUGUGGUCUCCUGUCUGUAGCAGCCAGUGGAGGGUGUCCCUGAACCCGCAACCAUCGGAUUGAGGGGAGCUUGGUGUAGCUGGCAGGGG